ACAACGCGCCGCAAACGCACCGCGACCAUGAAACAAACAUGAUCGAUAACACAACCACUGAUCACUGUGAUUCACUCCGCGCACGCGGAUAGUCCACAUUAUCAGCACUGCCCUCGUGCCCUCUACACCCCCUGUGCGCGCCCGUGUGCGCGUGCCCACCGGUGCCUCUCGGCGUGCGGACGGUCAGGCAGGAGCUGCGGGACCGGCAGUGAACCUGGAUCGUUACCGCGACGUCUGAGUCCGUUUUCUUUCUCUUUUUGACCAGUUACCGGGACAGACGGGGAGCAGCUUGGCUCGAGCUUCCCGGUGAGUCUCCGGCGUGUACCUGGACAGAUCCCGGCCUUAUUUUGUCUUCUGUUCGGUUUGUGGCCGUGUUAACAUCCGCCCGCUUCUUCUUCUUUUUUUCCUCCGAAGCUGCUGGAAGCGACGGACUGAAGCUGAGCAGCUCGUCUGACAGGGUGUUGGACUCCUUGUCAUCAUGUUGUCCAGGUGGCCAUGUCCCCAGUUCCUCGUUCCCCUCUUCCUCCUCUUUCAGUCUUCUCUCUCUGCUAACAACACCACCACAGAGAAUCUUCAGGAAGUGACUCUGGCAGCCAUCUUGCCUUUGACUAACACAGACUAUGCGUGGGCGUGGCCUCGCGUGGCUCCAGCUCUCCACCAGGCGGUACGGCGGGUGAACUUGGACCCCUGGUUGCUGCCGGGCCUGAAGCUCAGGCUGGUUUAUGGCAGCUCAGAGAACCGCGACGGCUUCUGCUCGGACUCCAUGGCGCCGCUGGUUGCUGUCGACCUGAAGCUGUCCCAUGACCCCUGGGCCUUUAUUGGCCCUGGCUGCGACUAUUCCUCCUCUCCUGUUGCACGCUUCACCACACACUGGGAGGUUCCCAUGGUGACAGCUGGCGCCCGUGCCAUUGGUUUCGAGCACUACGCGGCGGUCACCAACACAGGCCCCACCCAUAAGAAGCUGGGUGAGUUUGGCAUCAAGAUCCAGGAGACGUUUGGCUGGCGGCAGCACGCCAUGCUCGUCUUCACCGACAACAAGGAUGCCAACGAUGACAGGCCCUGCUAUUUCGCUGUGGAGGGACUCUACACUCUGCUCGGCAACCGCAGCAUCGCCAUCCAAGACCAUGCCAUUGAGUCCGACAACAUUAACUACAAGUCCGUGGUCCAGGAGAUCCGAGAGAACGGCAGAGUGGUGUACCUGUGCUGCUCCUGGGACAUCCUGAGGACUCUGAUGGUCCAGUUCUGGAAGGAAGGGGUGGCGUUAGAGGAGUACGUCUUCUUCUUCAUUGAUCUGUUUGCUGAGGGUCUGCGGGGACGGGGUCCCGUCAGACCCUGGUACAGAGGAGACCAGGACGACCACGCGGCCCAGCGCGCCUUCAGGAGCGUGAAGGUGCUGACCUACCUGGAGCCUCAGAAUCCAGAAUAUCUUCAGUUUGUUGAAACUCUGAAGAGCGACGCGAAGAAAAUGUUCAACUUCACCAUCGAAGACUCUCUGUAUAACCUGAUAGCUGGAGGUUUCCACGAUGGAGUGAUGCUCUACUCCCAGGCUCUGAAUGAGACUCUGAGCGAGCACAGAGAACCAGGACCAGGACUGGGACAAGUUCGGAGGCCUAAAGAGGACGUGGUGACCAGGAGGAUGUGGAACAGGACAUUCCCAGGAGUGAUGGGUGUGGUGGAGAUGGACGAGUUUGGAGACAGACAGAUGGACUUUGCCUUAUGGGACAUGAUGGACGUGGACUCCGGAGAGUUUCAGGUGGUGAGUGUGUACAACAGUAGCACGAAACAGCUGGUCAUGCAGAGUGGGCGGAGCUUCCAGUGGCCAGGUGGAUCUCCACCUCCAGACAUCCCGGAGUGUGGCUUCAAGAACGACAAACCGGCCUGCCUUUCACGUACCGUUUCGAUGCAUCAGAUGGUUGCCAUAGUGAUGUGCUUCGUCUUUGUCAUCAUCGUUACAGUGACUGUCUUCAUCUACAGGAAGUUGAAGCUGGAGAGCGAGCUGGCAGCUCAGCUGUGGAGAGUUUCCUGGGACAAUGUCCAGAUGAGCAACCUGGAUAAAGUCCUGAGGAGAGCCUGCAGCCGACUCACCAUGUCUCUGAAAGGAUCCAACUUUGGCUCCCUGAUGACCAUGGAGGGAAACAUCCAGAUCUACACAAAAACUGGAUACUACAAGGGAAACCUGGCAGCCAUCAAGUUUAUCAACAAGAAACGUAUUGAACUGACCAGGAAGGUUCUGUUUGAACUGAAACAUAUGCGUGAUGUUCAGAAUGAGCACCUGACCCGCUUCAUUGGCGCCUGCAUCGACUCGCCAAAUAUGUGCAUCAUCACAGAGUACUGUCCCAGAGGCAGUCUACAGGACCUGAUGGAGAGCGACAGCAUCACUCUGGACUGGAUGUUCAGAUACUCUCUCAUCAGUGACAUCGUCGAGGGCAUGGUGUUCCUCCACAACAGCGUCAUCGUCUCCCAUGGUAACCUGAAGUCGUCUAACUGUGUGGUGGACAGUCGCUUUGUCCUGAAGAUCACCGACUACGGUCUGGAAAGUCUGCGGACCACCAGCUGCCAUGAGGACACACACGCUUACUACGCACGUAAACUGUGGACAGCUCCAGAGCUGCUGAGGUCGGAGUGCCCCCUCCCCCGUGGGACUCAGAGAGGAGACGUUUACAGCUUCGGCAUCAUCCUGCAGGAAGUGGCUCUGCUGAGAGGAGUUUUCUACCUGGACACACACACACUCACUCCUAAAGAGAUCGUCCAGGUGGUGCUUCAGGGUGGUGUCCCCUCCCUCCGUCCCUCCCUCUGCUUCCACAGUCACAGCGAGGAGCUUGGAGUCCUGAUGCAGCGCUGCUGGAGCGAGGACCCGAGCGAGCGCCCCGACUUCAGCACCAUUAAGAUGCUGCUGAAGAAACAACACAGAGGUUAUGGCUCGAACAUCCUGGACAACCUUCUGUCUCGGAUGGAGCAGUACGCCAACAACCUGGAGGAGCUGGUGGAGGAAAGAACGCAGGCGUACCACGAGGAGAAAGCAAAGGCUGAGGCCCUGCUCUACCAGAUACUACCACAUUCAGUGGCGGAACAGCUCAAACGAGGUGAGACGGUUCAGGCCGAAGCUUUCGACUCCGUCACCAUUUACUUCAGCGACAUCGUGGGUUUCACGGCUCUGUCUGCUGAGAGCACGCCGCUGCAGGUUGUGAACUUGUUGAACGACCUCUACACCUGCUUUGACGCCAUCAUUGACAACUUUGAUGUGUAUAAGGUGGAGACCAUCGGGGACGCCUACAUGGUGGUGUCGGGUCUGCCGGUCAGAAACGGUAAACUCCACGGUCGGGAGGUGGCCCGGAUGUCUCUGGCCCUGCUGGAUGCCGUCAAGAGCUUCAGGAUCCGACACCGACCCAACCAGCAGCUCCGGCUGCGCAUCGGCAUACACAGUGGUCCAGUGUGUGCAGGGGUGGUUGGGCUGAAGAUGCCCAGGUACUGUUUGUUUGGAGACACAGUCAACACAGCGUCACGCAUGGAGUCCAACGGAGAGGCUCUGAAGAUUCAUGUGUCGGAGGCGACUCGUCAGGUUCUGCAGGAGUCCAGCUGCUUCCAGCUGCAGCUCAGAGGAGAGAUCGAGGUGAAGGGGAAAGGACGCAUGAGGACGUACUGGCUGCUGGGGGAGGACGACCCCACUGCCACCGCCAACUGAUGGAGGAGAGGACACUCUGGUAUCAACCUACUCGUCUCCGACUGGACAUUUAACGCUGACGUUGUUUAAAGUGACAGUUUGAACUUCGUGUACAGAGAAUCGUUUCACCCAAAAACAAACUGCACAGAAAACAGACAAAUGUUUCACUGUACAGAUAAAUCAUGUGAGGUUAGUUGUGUAAAUACAAAAUAAACGGUGUGUUUUCU